AUGAAAGCACCAGGGGAACGAAGAGACACAUCAAAGUGGUGCGACUUUCACUCUGACCAUGGUCAUCGAACAGAAGAUUGCAUCACGUUGAGAAUGGAAGUAAACGAGCUACUAAAAAAAGGUCACUUGAGAGAAUACUUGUCCGACAGGGCUAGAGUCGCAUCGACGACAGAAGCAAUGACGAGAAUAGCUAGAACUCAUCAUGGAGAUGUCAAAGCUAUAUGCGAGCGACUGUCGAAGUGCAUUAGCUUUGCUUCAGAUGAAGAUAAGUGUGUCCUAGCUCCACAUCAUGAUGCAUUAGUCAUAUCUUUGACAAUCGCUAAUAGUCUGAUGAAAAGGACACUCGUUGAUAAUGGGAGUUCGACCAACAUUCUCUUCAUGGAUGCUUACAAAGGAUUAGGGCUGGAUGAGAAUGCACUGACGCGAAAAUCCACACCAUUGGUAGGAUUUAGCGGUGAAGUAAAGCAGACCAUAGGAGAAGUGACGCUGCCUGUGUAUGCAGGAGGAAUUAACCGACAGACAAAGUUUCUGAUACUAGAUUGUGCUACUGCGUACAACGCAAUUAUGGGACGUCCCUGGAUUCAUGACAUGGGGGCAGUGCCAUCGACACUCCAUCAAACCAUAAAAUUUCCUACUCCAUGGGGAGUCAAAGAGAUCAAGGGAGAACAAGAGCAUGCACGUUCAUGCUACCAAACUACCUAA